AAAACAUUUGGUGAGUAGCUUCAUUUCAUUUAUCAUGGAAAGUGCUAUGUUUAGUUGAAUAUUCAUAUUGACAAGAAAAAAAGUUGGUUUGUCUAGGUGUGUGAUUAUUUGGGAUUCAACUCCUAUCAGUUUAUCGACCGGAGUUUUGGCGCCAAUUAAAUUUCGGUUUAAUCGGUUUAGUAAUAAUGUAAACCGAAGAACCUGAAAUUCAAUUUAUUUGGUUUAGACUGUCGUCGAUGAGUAAAGUAAUUCGGCUUCAUAAUGUUGAAUAAACUCUGAACAACCAAGUCGUGUUCUAGUUAUAUAUUUUGGUUAAGUUAAACCGAAACCGGUUUGACUAGGGCUACAACGUCAAAAUUGGGUUUCGAGUAUUUCCUUUUCUUGUGAAGCACUACUCCAUAUAAUCUAUAUAAUACAGAGGGGGAGAGGCCAUCGAGAUCACUUCAGACGCAAAAGAAACUACUCUCACAAAAAAAAAGAAGGAAAAAGCUCUCCUAUUAUUAUUACUUGCUCUCUCUCUAUCUCUCUCACUGUACGUGAACGAAAACAAGAAUGGUGAAAAGAGUAGGAGGAGGAGGCACUAAGAGAAAGAUCGAUAAGAAGGAAAAGAUCUCGAAGAGAGAGUAUCGCGCGACUACUUUCUCCAAACGUUGUUCCGGACUCCACAGCAAAGCCGCGCAGCUCUGUCUACUCGCCGACGCACAGAUAGCAAUCUUGGCGACUCCUCCUUCUUCGCAGUCCAACGUCUCUUUCUUCUCCUUCGGUCACUCUUCCGUGGAUGCCGUCGUGAAUGCCUAUCUCACGGGACAGCGUCUUGCUCCUGUUCGGGAAGAGCCGAUGGAAGAGGAUAUUGGUGUAUGCUUGGCGCGCAAGGAACUAGGGUUAGAGUUGUGGUGGGAGAAGGAGAGUCUUUCUAAAUCUAAGGAUCGUCAAGAAUUGAUGGAAGCUAUCAAAGCCAUGGAGAGGAUGUUGAUUAAACUGCGUUCUGGAGACUUUGUCAGUAAUUAUAAACAAAGAGAGGAAGACCUAAAGAACAACGAGAUGACGAAGAGGGAUGUCGUGUUACACAAGGAAACUCAAGAACCGGAUGGAACCCUAAAUCUCCAAGCAGUUUGUUGCAUCCCUGAUGACGAUUCACCUGCGGGUUGUAACAAGAUUACUGAAGAGCAAAAGCAGAUCCUGGCCAUUUGUGAUAGUUUUUGUGCUAAGGAGGACAACAACAUAAACGGAUUAAGUGGAAGUUUGGAUAGGUCUGAUCAAGCGAUGGAUCAUCUCAUGAAUAUUGAUGGACUGAUAGAUUUGGAGAUUAUGAAAGCUCAGCAUUCGAUUAUGGUUUUUCGGAUAGUACUCAAGAGAUUCAUGAGACUGCGGGAAGUCUUUUCAUUAACUUUGAAGCUGCUCGCGAUCUCUAACUCUGAAGGUGUUGAAGACAAAACUUUGGUGUUUCAUAGCAAACCGUUGCUACCGUUUAAAGUUAAUAGCAUUUCUUAUUUAUGUAUAACACGCGAUCAUUAUGAGUAGGACUUUUAGUUUGAUUAAAUAUUACUAGAGAUAUAUGUCUUAUCUAUAUGUAACGUUUGGGUCUAGUUUGACCUCAAUCAAUUUUCAUAGUAUGGGACUCAAACCGGUUCAGCUUUCCCUUGAUUAAUGGUAAAGUAGUCCUUAUCAAGUGAGUACAAAGAGAUUGACUCAUCUUCGCACACGUUAACUGCAUCAUCAUAGGCUCUUGGAAGUGUCCACCUAAGUUAUGGGAGAAUCAGAAGCUAAAGAUAAUGGUGGAAGAAAAGAAGUAAUGGACUUACUGCAAUACAUAUUUACAUCAAAGGGGCAAGGUUGAAUAUGUUUACUGUCAAAGGAUACACACAUUCGGUAAGUGCCAACGUCCAUGGCAAGAUAGCUACCUGUAUAUGCCCCCCAUCAUUGUUAUCGACAAAGUUCAAUGUGGUGAAACUUGAUGUGUUAGCUGAGUUGCAUAGAACACUCACCAAAGAAGCAAAAAGUAGCAUCAUGCCACGGAAAUACUGGCUUAUAUACACUGAAUACUCAUAUGGCAUACCAUACAUGCUCUUAUUAUGCUCCAUUAAAACUGUAUCCCUGGCUCUAUGUACUUAAACUGGAAAUUUGCUACCGGUAUGGACAAACCAGUCUCUUUCCCCACCACAUCAGCAUCAAAGUCAUAAAAUCCAGAGACAAGUGAAGAAAUUAACCCCUGAAGCUCCAUCUUCUUCCCGGAAAACGAACUGUUGUUUCCAAAUGCAUCCAUGGGAAGAACCACGAUGCAUUCAUCACAGCUUCAACCACGAUGCAUUCAACACAGACAGAUGGGUACAUUAACCCUUCAUAAAUGAGAAACAAAGAUGGAAGACGAACCUGUGGAAUGGGAGAUUGAGGCUGCGUUGAGUAAGAAGAGAGUCAACAGUGAAGCGAUUUUGAUCGCCAUGGUAGAGAGAAAUUGUGUCGUUGCAAGUUAUGGGGAAGCAAAGCGCCAACUGCUACUGUGGUUUUUUUGGAAGUUUGAAAUACGUUUCAACAACUAUUCGAUAUAAUUACUCCGGUUUAAGGCGGGUCGUGGAGGAUUUUUUGUUGUUUCCCGGUUUCGGAAACCGAUUUUUUUUAUUUCUAGCGGUUUUUAAUCAAAACGACAUGCAGUGCACACUCGCGUCCAUACAACAUCAAGGCUUUGCGAAUGCGCACUUGGAAGCCAAAAGUGUAAAGUAAUUUUGUUAACAACAAAGGAAACAAACACAUGAUGUGUCUCACUCUUUAUUCCCUCCCUACACCCACAUAGAUUAAGACAUGCGAUUAUUGCAUCCUCAUCAAUUAAUCUUCUCUAAUCUUAACUAAAAGAUUAUUGUUUUCUAUAAAAAUCUAUAUAUUCUGGAUUAUUCAUGAAUUGUUUCUCAGUGACUUAUUCGAUCACUUAAAAUUAUUUAUAUCUCAGUGAUAAUACUCAAAGUUUAGAAUACUUUUGUAACUCAAAAUUGUGAGUGUGACAUACUGACAUGAAUGCUUUUUUUUUCAGAAGCGCACUAAACGUACGUACUAACUAGUUUAUUUCGCUCCGGCUAUUCCACUACCAACUUUAGAACAUUGGUUUGGAUUAAAAUGAAUGAAAAUGAGAAUAGUAUAUUUCAGUUUAAAGAUUCUAUAAUUCUAAAGAAUGAGCUUAAAAGCUUUAGUUGUUGUGAAAGAUAAUUAAGGCGAAGAAAAGAAGCGAGAAGCCACAAGGACACUAUAUGAUGCCUAUUUUGGUAUGGGUACACAUCCACAUGCUUGCACAUGUGUUCCGGCCAAUUAGUUCUUGUUUUUCCAUGUGGUUCGGUAGCUCUAUAUACACUCACGCACCCCUUAUAUACUCACGUCAUGGUCAUUGCCAAUCGAAUCCAUCGAAAUCGUCAUCACGCAAUCCAUGAUCCACUCGCUUCAAUAAUGCAAUAUCUUCAGAAUUUUUUUUUUCUUGCCAUAUACAGUUUUACAUUCUCUCCUUGUCCAACGAAGACAUUUAUAUCAAUGUAUCUAGAAUGAUUAUGUGGGAUCAAUUAAAUUGAGACAAGUCAAGUAUAUAGCAAUGAACGAGUGUUAAGAAAAAAAAUUUGGCCGCUUUUACUAUUCAUUGAACUGUUACAAGAAGCAGUGUUUAUAUGUGUAACAUGUAUGUGUUUUUAAUAUAUGGAAAAUUUUAGAAACAGAAAGAAAUCAA